AUGGCCAUCAGAGUGCAGUUCGAAAACUCCAACGAGGUUGGCGUCUUCUCCAGGCUGACCAACUCCUACGCACUCAUCGCCAUGGGAGGAUCGGAAAAUUUCUCAAGUGUUUUCGAAUCGGAGUUAUCCCAGCACAUCCCCCUCGUGUAUACAACCAUCGGAGGAACUAAAGUCAUUGGGAGAGUCUGUGUCGGAAACAGGAAGGGCUUACUCGUGUCGAGUAUAUGUACAGACCAGGAGCUCCUCCACUUACGAAACGCAUUACCAGAAAAUGUGAAAAUAAAAAGGAUAGAGGAGCGGCUUUCAGCAUUAGGUAAUUGUAUAACUGCAAAUGAUUACGUGGGAUUAAUUCACACAGAUAUAGAUAGAGAAACGGAGGAGAUAAUCCAAGACGUUUUAGAUAUAGAAGUCUUUCGAACAUCUAUUGCUGGGAACCUACUCGUUGGUACCUAUUCAUAUUUUACCAACAAUGGAGGUCUCCUACAUGCCAUGACAUCUUCCCAAGAAAUUGAAGAACUCUCAGAACUUUUGCAAAUCCCUUUAAUUACCGGAACGGUUAACAGAGGUAGUGAUCUCAUCGGGGCUGGCCUUGUGGCCAACGACUGGUCAGCCUUCUGUGGAAUGGAUACCACAGCCAUCGAGCUCAGCAUAAUUGAGAAGGUGUUCAAGCUCAACAGCAUAGAGGACGCUAACAUAGAGGACAACUUCAAGUACAAGUCUUCGAUCAUUCAGACCAUGAUU